AGUACAGUUUGCAGCAAAGUGCGCCGGUACACAGUGUACACUGAAGUGGGUCACGGUGUUUGCCGUCUCAUUUUUUGCUUCUUUAAGCCGCUGCGCACCGCUGUGUGGGAGGAGUCAAAGCAAGAUGGCUGCGGGACAGAGAGGAGUGUUUGAGAAACCAUCGAAUGGGAUGUUUAUCUGACGCUAGCAGGAUGCCCAGCUGUCAGAACGAAGGAGUGGUUCAAUUAUUAUGGUCCUCGGAGCAAUCUAGUCAUUAGCAACGCUAACCCACUAGCAACCAGCUAGCAGGUAGUUAUCCCGACGAAAUCCGCACCUUUUCAAGUCAACAACCGUUAAGUCUCCCGUGGAUAUAUAAGUGUCUCGACAGAGCACAGCGCCCCCUCCUGGCCCACUAUGGAGUGGUGUUGGCUUCAGACUGGAUGACAGGGUCCACAGGGAGGAAAGGGCGGCGCGACAUGUAAACCAGCUGCUCCGACUGACAGUGACAGCUCCUUCUGCACAUCUUCCUCUCCUCUUCUCUAUUUGCAAACAGUUUCUCCUCCUCCUCUUCUCUUACCUUGUUCUCCCUCGUCUCCUCCUCUGCUCCUUAUUGUUUCCUUCCUUCCUCCUUGAUUUUUCUCUAUUGUUCGUCUACUCGUUCAGACUUUAUCUCUCACUUGGUGUUUGAGCUGGUGAAACCUUCCACCAGCCACACGCUGCGCUGGGGUCAGUAUGAGCUGGCUGAGCAGGUUGAACCCCCGUGGCCCUGGGAGCCGGUCUGGUCGGACCGCUGCUCCCCUCAGCCCCUGCACCGCUGACCCGGAAACCUGCCUCAUGGUGUUCAAGAACCACUGGAGACAGGUUUCUUGGGUGUUGGAACAGCGGGAGUCCUCGUCCUCCAGCGACGAUCUGACAGCAGUGAGGAACAACACAGACCAGAUGUUAUGUCUGCUGGCGGAGGAGCGGCCUGCUGAGAGCGCAGAGGGAGGCUCCGGCGUGGCCUCCAUGGGCCCCAUACUGGAGCUGGUGAUCACAGAGAAUAUUCUGGAGCGACUGGUGCAGUGGCACCUCUGUCGAGGAUUGGACCCCGACAGCCAGGGGGCUUUGCUGAAGCUGUUUGAAAUGCUCAUCGGUCAAUCCCAGCAGCCUUUGCUGCAGCACACCGCCGUCCUCCACCCCCUGCUGAGGCUGCUGGGCGCUUGUGCUGACCCAGAACUUGGCUGCCCUCUCGCUCUAGAGAACAGCUUGGUGCUCCUCCUCAACCAGGUCUGUGUGUCGAUGGCUCGACAGCCAGUGAUCUUAGAACUCCUCUUCCGGGCUUCACCUGCCCAGCAGGGCUCCACCAACCUGCUCAUCUUCUCCCUCCUCGUCCCCUUCAUCCACCGGGACGGGGCCAUCGGGCAGCAGGCCCGAGACGCGCUGCUGCUGGUGAUGGCGGCCUCAGCCAGCCACGAAGCUGCGGCGCGUUACAUCGCUGAGAACUCUUACUUCUGCCCGGUGUUGGCCACGGGCCUCAGCGCCCUCUACUCCUCUCUGCCCAGAAAGAUUGAAGUUCGCGGGGACGACUGGCACGCCCUGCGGCGAGAGGACUGGAUGGGUGUGUCUUCACUCGUGCUCUUUAUGAACUCUCUUGAGUUCUGCAACGCCGUGGUGCAGGUCGCACAUCCGACAGUCAGUUCCCAGCUUCUGGACUACCUCCACAAUGGCUUCCUCGUACCAGUCAUGGGCCCCGCCCUCCAUAAGUCAUCUGUGGACGAGAUGAUCGCCAGCACCGCCUACCUAGAUCUGUUCCUGCGCAGCAUCACGGAAACCUCCCUCCUGAAAACCUUCCUUCGCUUUAUCCUGCUGCAUCGCCACGACAAUGACACCAUCCUGGACACCCUGCUCACGCGCAUAAGCAGCAACUCCAGGCUCUGCAUGGUGUCCUUGAGUCUCUUCAGGACUCUUCUGUCCUUGAACUGUGAAGAUGUCAUGCUGCAGCUGGUUUUCAGGUAUUUGCUGCCCUGUACACAUGUAAUGUUGAGUCAGCGUCGGGCCAUUAGAGAGACGGACAUGUAUGGAAAGUGCGCAGACAAGUUUCUGUCGCUGAUCCCCGAGUGCUGCCGACAGUAUGCAUCCGCCGCUAGUGAGCGGGAAGAAGAUAAUCCAUUCUGGAGCAAAGUACUCAACAGUCCUGGCACAGAAACUCCGGCUCCCCCCCGACCCAGCACGCCGUCCCGCUUGUCUCUAUUCAUGCGCCAGCAUGCAGGUGGAGGCGGAUCAGGAGGGGGGAACCCCUCCACCUCCACCAGCAUGGAGUCUCUGCAGUCCGGUCCAUCCGGCUCCCAUCCUCUGUCCCCCGACAGUCCGAUGCAUCAGCACGGCCACACAGACUGUCUCGAUUGGGACGCAGGGUUCCUGGAGUACCUGAAGGACGCCCGGCGAGGCAUCGAGGUUUGCUCCUGGGCCUGCCGGGGUUGGUCCGCCCCCUAUGAUGGAGAAAACCCCUCCCCGAACACAGCCCCACCACCUCCACCUCCUCCUACCUCCAACCCCUCCAUGGCCAUGUUUCCCGAGCACUUCUCUUUCCACCAGGGGGUGAGCAGCAGCACUCCUCCGGGCCAGCAGAGGGCAGCCAUCGUGGCGGCGGCACGGUCUGAGUGGAGCAGCUCAGACAGGGACAGCGGGGAGUGGGAUGUUACGAUUGGUCAAAAUAACUGCAUCAGCCUCACGCCGCGCUCUAAGAAGCGCAGCCUGCAGAGAGAGGAGCUCCUUCCCAAACCUGUGCCUCCUCUCAUCCCCUCCUCUUCCACCUCCACCCCUUUAUCAGCGUCACACUCCAUGUCAUCUCCAGCCGCUCACAUUCCUACCUCUGCCAUCACUGUGAACUACCAGGCCAUGUUUAACGGAACGGUCAGGCAGGGAGAUGAGUGCUCGGACAGUCACGAUCGGGGGCUGGAAGUGAAAAAAGUUAAGAGAGAUUUAGGAGAGCCGCAGUAUUUGGAUGAAAAUGCCAAUCAGAACGGAUCUAUGGUGUCCUGCCCCUCCCUCCCCAAAUCCAUUUUCAGUAACCGUGAUGUCGGCGAUGCUAAAUCUCUUCACUUCAACCAGACUUCCUCCCAGUGCUCCACGUCCAAGACGGCACCUGACGUCUCUAAUCCACACAGCACAUGUUCAGAUCCACCCGAAAGCAACCCGUCACAGCAAUCUGUGGAGAGCCUCAUAGAGGAGCUGCUGGAGCAGGCACCUGGAGAUCCACAGGUGUCUGCCGAUGCAAACGGUCAGGGCAUCAGCAUCGAGGCGUUCACGCUGGAGCUGAGGGAGCUGGAAGACCGGGUGAAGGAGCGAAACCGGUCUGCCUGCAAACAGGAGCCGGGCGCUGCAGAGACUCUGCCUGCUGAGCAGCAAGAGGAGGAGCAACUCCCCACAGCCCUGGAGGCCAAAGGAGACGCCUCUGUAGUGGGAGCGCCAAGUCCAGCACGACCAAUCAACCAGCCUACCUCCCAACCAUAUACAGGUCCAUUCAUAGUGGUUCUGUUCGCCAAGCUAGAGAACAUGCUCCAGAAUUCACUCUACGUCAACAUCCUUCUCACUGGCAUCGUCGCUCAGCUGGCUUGUUAUCCUCAGCCCCUCCUACGCUCCUUCCUGCUGAACACCAAUAUGGUCUUCCAGCCCAGUGUCAAGUCACUGAUCCAGGUUUUAGGCUCUGUAAAGAACCGCAUUGAGGCGUUUGCAGCCUCUCACGAGGACUUCCCCGUCAUGCUGAGGAAAGCCCAGCAGUACCUGGUUGCUCGAGGCAAACUGGACUGGACCGACUUGCCUGCAGCAGUUCCCACCCUGCGGCGCACCGAGUCUCUAGUGAAAAGUCGGAAACCGUCUCUUGGAGACCUGAUCCUCCGCCACACCAACAGCCCCACCCGGGCGCGAAACGCCGCGCAGGUCGCACUCGCACAUGUACGGGACGGAGGCCAAUCAUUGCACAGUGCUCUGUUCCGUGGGGGCGGCAGCAGCGGCGGCGCAUCCGGGCUGGAGAAGCAAGCCGAGGCGCUGCGGGUGAAGAACGCCGUCUACUGCACCGUCAUCUUCUGUGAGUUCCUAAAGGAGCUGGCCGCCCUGGCUCAAGAGCACGCCGUGACUCUGCCGUUCCCUCAGAGCAAGGAGGCAGAGGAAUAGAUCAAUAGGCUCCUCCCCUUCUGCUUCAUCACUUUAUUUUGAAAGGAAAAGGCCACAUAAAAACCUUUGUGUCUGAUGAAACAACAGGAAAAGAUUUUCUACCUAAACUACACAAAGAAGACUAAAAAAAAUCCUGUCAUCGGUAAAGUUAAGAAAUUGUGCACAUGUUGUAAUAUAUCUCCAUUUCUAUACACACAAAUCUCACUAAACGCAGGUUUUUGGGGGGCGUGUGUAUAUACUGGAUGUAAAGGCACAGUUAAAAAAAAUAGGUUCCUAUAUUGGUGCUAGUUGAUAAUCCUUUUAUUGAAUUUAUUUUUUUGUGGCACAGACGGACAGGUCUUGUUCUCAACAAAAACUAGUGUUUGUGAAGAAAGACAUUUGAAGUGAAAGAGCUGCACUUUGCUCAACAAGAGAAGAAAGCGCACAGGACACAUGGAGCUGUCCUCAGAAAACCCCCAAGUUCAUUUCAUUCUGGGAAAAAUGUUUUAAGAAAUGCACUGCUGAGAUGAAAGAGGAGAAAAACGGGAAAACCGAGGAGUGGGAGAGAGCCACUUCCUGUCCUGUGAAUCAGAACUACACCUGUACUGGAAAACUCUGUGUGAAUAAUGCCAUUUUUUCUGUUUUUGAUGUUCGUCUCUUAAAUUUGCACCAUGUUAUUGACAUAUCAGUUGCACAUGGGAGAAGGCACGCAUGUUAAUAUGUAUGUGAGUUAGUUAGUUUAUUUUUUUGUUUGAAUGACUUGUUUUUUUGUUUUUUCCCCCCAAAGGGUGACGCACAUCAAAGAGGAAAUGAAUAAGCUCAUACAUGGUUGCCAUAAAGAGAAGCUGGUGGUGGAGCUGUAGUUAGUCCAUUGCACUCAUGAGUGAAGACCAAGUCGUCUAGAGUCACACAGUCUCAGCAGCUGCGCAUUUGGGAUGUGUUACCGUAUUUUCCACACUAUAAGGCGCACUGGUUUAUAAUUGCAUUGUCAAUGAAUGGUCUUUUUUUUUAAGAACUUGUCAUAUCUAAGGUGCACUGCACUGUUAUGCCCAUUAAUUGAGACAAAAGAGUCAGACUUCAUUAACUGCAUUCACUGUAAUUCUAGAGCAUGUUACACAUUAGCUAUGUUAGAAGCGUUAGCCACGUUGGCAUAUUAAUAAAUAUAAUACUUGUAGCUCUCAACCUUUUGCAACAUGUAAAAAUACAGAGUGAUAUUGCAAAAAAUCAAACGCUUCUGUGACUAUGCUAACUUCCAACCUUGUUUGGAACAUGUAACAAACAGACAGAUACCCCUAAAACAAAUCGUUAUUGUGACUAUGCUAACUUCCAAUCUUUUGGUAACACGUAAA